AGCAAUAAUAAAUGGAUAAUAAUAAUAUAAUAAAUGGAUUCUGUUCUGCGCUUGUAGAUGGCGCCUAUUCCAUUAUAUUCUUCGUGUGAAUGUGAUUGGACGAUGAGCAGUGUUUUGGUUCUGCUAGUGAUUCGGAAUCAGGCGGCUGCUAUGAUAGAGAUUCAGAGGCGGUAGAGGUUGCUCUCUUGUUCAACGGACCCUGAGUGACACGUGACGAGGACGACAAGAUGAUGGAGGAGACUGACUUGCCGCUAGUGCAGCAGGACAACUGUGAUGAUCACGAAGAGGAGGAUUUUGAUGAUAUGGACCGCCCCCUUGAGCGUUGGGCACCUCUUGGAGCAGCCAUGCCCGACUGGGAGGGCGAACAGAGUCAUGUUAGUGAGCUGGACAGGUUGUGUCACCUGGAGGAUGAGCAAGAGGAACUAAAUCAAUCGCUGCUCUCUCUGACAACACAUUUCGGACAAGUCCAGUUCCGGUUAAAACAGAUCAUUUCUGCAUCACCAGAGGAAAUAGAGAGACUGCUGAAGGAACUUGAGGAAUUUGCAUUUCGGGGUUGUCCUGACACGCGCGGCAUUGCUGUCAUACAUCCGGACCAAGACACUGUUGACAUGAAUGAAAAGGAACAUGAAAGUAGGAUAGCUGAGCAGAGGAAGAAACAGUUGGCACUAAUAGAACAGCUUAAACAGCAGCUUCAAGAUUUGGAGAACUAUGCGUACCAGACAGGAGAUGCAGGCAUGCCCCAGAACAUGGUAAUGGAGAAACAAAGAGUCAUUAUAGAUGAGCUUAAGCAGAAGCUGAAGCUUGACAUGGAAAACAUGGAGCAGUUGGACACUGAACAGCUGAAACAGAAAGUCAACAUGGCCGUGUCACAGAUUGUCAAUCCAGCAAAAGCAAAAGAACAGCUAGUCUCACAACUGAAAACACAGAUUAUAGACCUGGAGCGAUUCAUCGAAUUCCUGCAAAAAGAGGCUGAGCGUUCACAAGUAGAGUACAGAUGCACCUGCCCUGCAAAGGGCAAUGAGUCUGACGGGACGUGCUGCAUGGUGCAUAACCGCUCUCCGCGUCAUCGCCUCGGCCGCGAGGCCGACUCUCAAAAGCAUGUUAACGAACGCACAGCGAAGAUGGUCAAAAGAAUGAAGAACAUACUGCAGAUGCUGCUUGUCAAUCAGUUUGGCUGUGCAAGCAUGAACAACUUCAGGAAAAACGAGCUGAAGAAAACUACGAAAGGAAACCACUGGGGGGACAUGCGUGCACGAUUGGAGCUUGCUGUUGACUAUGUUAUUCAGCUCACGUCUGCACAGGAACAACACGCAGACAGCGACUACACAAGUGAUGACGAUGCGCCAGCAUAUGUGUGCAAUGAGGCUCUGGUGUCAGCGGUGAGGAAGGACCUAGCUGGAGCCAUCCGUGAUCUAAUGCAACAUGGACUCAUGGAGAUCGGACAGAGUAGAAGUCUUGUGCCAUUUGUUAGCUGCGCUCAUCGACCGACUGCUGAGCUGAAGGCCAUGCAUGCGUGGGAGUUGCUCCUCAAAUAUUAUGAGCUGAAGGAUGGUCCAGAAUAUAAUGCGACACCUGCAAGAAAGCUCUCUCAAAGUUUUGACUUGUCUGUGGUAGGUGGCACCGCCAUCACAUCUAAGCAGAUGCUGCUUGGAGCCAUUGACAAUGUCCUGGCAAGCCACAUGCCCUAUAAACGCAGCAUGGAUUCGCAAUUCAAAGCAUUCAUUUGUGCUGCGCUCAAUGCAAAGAAGCUGGUCGUGUGGUUGCGGUUGCUCUUCAGGACUCAGUAUCUCACCAAUAACUUUUACCAACCAUGGAGCUAUGUGACAAAAACAGGGUUUGAGGAUGCCUUCAGAUUAUUGCAGAAACUAUCCACCAUUGACUUCAAUCUGCCAACAGACCUUGCAGUCCGCCAAUUCCAAAACAUCAAACACGCCUUCUAAACUGCUUGAGGAUUAGGAGAGAAUGAGUAGAGGAGGUUCAUGCAGCUUCUGGUGCUGUGUGGUUUCCAGCCUCAACACUGAUGAGCUGUCAAAUGAUGACUAGCAAAGUAGCAAUAUGAAUAUUUGCAUCCAGCGUCUCCCAUACCAUGCGGUAUUAAUCCCAGCGAUUAGCGUAGAAUAGUUCAUGUAUGAAAACGUGACUGCACAUUGAAAUCGGCGUAUACUGCUUCGUUACCAUUACAGGGAGUUCCAUGUACAGGGAGUUCCUGUACAACACGUUUUGUAGUGUAGUAGUGCUAGAGUUAAGCAAGAUCGGAUUAAGUUGAAAUAUUGUCUAGAAUGGCACACCAUUGCAGUCAAAUCAAAAUAGUAUUGAGAGGUAGAGCCGCAGGCAUAUCAAGUGUGGGAUAGUAAUUUAUUAAUCCUUGGGUGUUUUGGUGUCUGCGUACAUACACGCAUAUGCGCAUGUUUGCAUGUGUGUGCAUGUAUGCAUGCACUUGCAUAAGAGCAAGCGUGAGUACUCGAGUACUUGUUAUUAUUACACCAAUAUGGUACGUUAGGAUAUGUGACCUAAAACAGCACAAAUAUUAAGAAGUCAUUGCCUAGUAAAUAUGAGGCAAUUACAAACAUUACCGGUAGAUUGAUGUUAAGAUUCUUAACAUAUGGAACAUUCCAGCAGGAAUAUCUAAUAAACAGGCGUGUGAUUCGAACAAAACAUUCAACAUCUACCAGCCCACUUUUGCCCACGAUUAAUAUAAAAUCAUGGCUAGAUAAAAAAAAAUAUGCCUCAAGGUUUGCAUAGUACAUUGAAACAGAGUGAUGACUAUAACCGGGUUUCAUAUCUUUGAAGAUUAAGCAGUAAAUUCAGCAGGAAGAUCAAGGUAACAGUAGAAUUUUCCAAUGCAAUAUUAUACGUUCAUAACGCUUACAAUUUUUUCAUCAAAGAUAAGGAAUCCAGGAAUAGUAGUUGCUCUAUUUAAUUGUACUAGGCACACUUGAAGGUAUAUUUUAUUUAUGUACACUUGAUAAAUUGUGAAAAAAUACGGUCUGGAACAUGUUGAUUUUUUGGUUUUUAUUGUGUAAUGCUCCUGUGUUUAAUUGUUAGGUAUUCCUGCUACCAUUAUGUGCAUAACUACAUUUUUAUGUGUUAAUGCUAAUGUGGAAAUUGGGGUUAUGUAAAGUAUUUUUGGCCAGAUGUGCAAUAUUGUGAAUGUAAGAGAAUCAACUAAUAGCAGUGGUGAAAUAUCAUUAUAUUUUCUCCCUAUAUAUAGCACGAAAGAGUAGGUGCGAUGUAUGUGUGACACUGAGUAAAUCUUGUAUGGCCUUAAGUUAAUUUAUUAUGUUUCACUAUAUUUUCAUAUACAUUAUUUGCCAGUACAACAGUCAUUUUGCCCAAUCAUUAUAUAAUUAUUUACAAUAUGAAUAUAUUUACUGAAAGAUUCGCUUAAUUUUAUUUAAUUUAUUCUAUUAAAUUGAAGUAGUUGGCAAACAAUCUCGUUGCGGAUAAACUGGAAAAGUGAUUGGUUGCACAUGUCAUUUGACAUGGUGAUAUCAAACCCUUAUUGACACUUCUAUUAUGUAUUCUCUGGAAAUAUACUAAACAUAUUUCAUGAAA